AUGGAUGAAGCGGAUGCUCUGGAGGCUUUGUCAAGUAUUCUAACUCGCCUUACUGACGACCCGUACAACAUAGCCCUACACGCGGAGCAUGUGCGCGUGGCUCGUGACACGGGGAUGGACGACCAAGUCGAGUCGGCGUUGGAGAUGGUCCCCGCAUUCUGGGCAGCUGGCGACCAGAUAUGGCUCCCUCUGAUUGAGCGCAAGGUUCAGUCCAGCAAUCUUGACGCUCCCGGAGACCUACAAGCAAUUCUCAGCUUGUAUGACCGGGCGGAGCACGAUUACCUAUCCCUUCCACUGCUGCAGAAGCAUUUGGAGCUUCUAAUUGAUCGAUUCCAGUAUUUCCAUUCAGUCGACCUCAGGCCGGAAGAGUUGCAGGACCUCUUUUCAAUGGAGUGGACUCACACUGCGAUGGCCUCCGUCGUGUCCCAAGGUAUUGGUCACUUGACAAAGAGCCAUCUCCUGUGGGAUAUGCAGCGAGAUUGGGAGCUUGAGAAUCUGCAGCAUGCUACUGGGGAAGAGAAAGCAGCGCUGAUCAGUCGUGUGGAGUCUAUGUUGUUGGAACGGCUUCAACAACCACAUUCCAAUCACGACGAGACUUUUCAAGCUUACUCCACUUUCACGACGAACUAUAAACCACCAGACCAAUAUGAAUCUCUCCUCGUCACAGCCUCUAAGCUGCGCUCGCAAGCCGUCAAAGCGUACGAGAAGCGCGAAACCUACGAAUCUUCCCUUGCACAAGCAGGCUUUUCUCUUGAAGGCUAUGCCUACUAUAUUGCCGCAGAACGGCGGAAGAAACCAGAUCUCUUCGUGGUUCAAGCUCUGUACGAACGCGCUAUCGCAGAGGCGGACAGCCGCCGCUGGAAUGGGCAGGCGGGUGCCGAGGAGACAUUACGUUCUUUCUGGGCUGGCUACAUCGACUUUUUGAGAAUUCAAGAUGUCGAUGGAGAAUUGCAAAUGGCGACGUUCCAGAGAGCACUAAGAAGUGCACCUGGGUCGGGUGAAGUAUGGGCACGAUAUAUACGCUUCCUGGAACGGGUAGCCGAUUCUGAAGACGCGGACCCAGGAGUUUCUGGUGCAUACGAAAAGACGCAUUCCAUCUUCCCCUUGCAAUCUGAUGUGGAACAAAUUGUUCCUGUCGUCUUGGCGCGUGCGGGUUACGAGAGACGACAAAUUGAAGCUGGGAAGACGGGAGAGGAUGGCUUUAACAAGAUGGUUGAGGUCCUCAUGGAUGGCAUAGCACGUGUCAGGAAAGCUUCUCCCGCUGGCGAUCCGAGGUUACGAAUCGAAAAGUACUUCUCGGCAGUUUGUCUCAAGCUUGCCGAACACUCUGAACAUGCAUUGGUGCUCUGGGAAGAUGCCUCCAAGCAUUACAAAACCAGCUAUCUUGCAUGGACAUCGUAUACGGAAGUACUCAUCAAACAAGGUCUCUAUGAGGAUGCGCGAAAGGUAUUCCGGGAUAUCUGUAUGAAGAACCUUGACUGGCCGGAAGCCAUAUGGGAUGCCUGGAUCAACUUCGAGCAAUUAUUUGGAACCGUGGAAGAGAUAGAAGAUUGUUUUGACCGUAUUGAGCGUGCAAAUGCACAGGUCGCGGCACGACGUGCGAAGGAAGCGGAGAGGGCGGAUCACGCAGCUAUGCAACUCAUUGCCGAACAAGAAGCCAACAUGGUUCACGUUGCCGAUGUCGUCCCUCCGCCGAAUGCUGCGGAUAGCGCAGGCGCCUUGCCGAUGGAUGUCGAUGCCACUAGUCCUGCUGCGGGUACGAAGAGGAAGGCGGAAGACGAAGUUGCUCUCGAUGAAAACAAGAAGCCAAGGAUAGAGCCAAAGGUCGCUCCUCUUAAGCGGGAUCGAGAGAACUGUACUGUAUUUGUGGCUGAUCUUCCCCCAGCUGCCGGGGAGGAUGAUUUGACGCUGCUCUUUAAAGAUUGUGGCUCCAUUCGGGAGAUUAAAAUGACACAAUUGCCGAACUCGCUGGUAGCCACUGUCGAAUUCAUGGAACGGGAUAGCGUACCAGCCGCUUUGACGAAGGACAAGAAACGUAUUGGCGGAGAGGAAGUUGCGGUUCACCUCGCUUGGCGAUCCACACUUUAUGUCACCAAUUUUCCGGAAAAAGCAGAUGAUGCAUUCGUCCGAAACCUCUUUACAAAGUACGGCACCAUUUUUGACGUGCGAUGGCCAAGCAAGAAGUUCAAGAGCACCCGUCGAUUCUGUUACAUCCAAUUCACCUCCCCUACGUCUGCGGAAGCUGCCCUUGAACUCCAUAAACAGGAGCUCGAGGACGGCUUGCCCCUGAAUGUCUACAUCUCUAAUCCCGAACGCAAAAAAGAGCGAACCGACAGUGACGCCAACGACAGGGAAAUAUACGUUGCUGGGCUGAGUAGAUUCGUAACAAAGAAGGACCUGGAAACUUUGUUCAGGACAUAUGGAACGGUGAAGGAAGUUCGCAUGGCCUUGGACCCGAACGGCCGCCCCAAAGGCUUUGCCUUUAUCGAGUUCGAGCAAGAACAAGAUGCCUCUGCUGCCUUGAGCGCCAACAAUUACGAGUUAAAAAACCGUCGGAUUGCUGUUACACUGGCCGACACUCGCAAUCGGGCUAAGAACAGGGAUCCCAAUCAUCGAGUCGAUGUGCGAAAUAGAUCUCUGCGCAUACGCAAUCUUCCUGCGAACACACAGGAGGGUCUUCUGCAACAGGUACUGGAGAAGCUAGCGCCUGUAGCGCGGGUCGAGGUCUUCACCGACAAAGGCGAAGCGGACGUCGAGUUCGAAAAUGCGACAGAUGCGGGAAAGCUUUUGCUUAGAUCCGAACCUAUCGUCUUCAAUGGAAACAUUCUGGAGCUUCUGGCUGAAGCUCCGGGCGGUUCAUCCGCAUCUCGCUCGUCAGCCACAGUCCCUGCUGCCUCCGGUCUGUUCCUACCACGGAGUGCCCUUUCGAGGCCGAGGGCUGGGUUAGGGAGUAAGAAGCGCACGACAGUAGUGGCGGCGGGUUCGGCACCCUCAUCUUCGCGACCCCAAUCGUUUUCUCAAGCAAAGGGGCAGGACGAUUUUCGCAAGAUGCUCAGUGGAUGA